AUGUCGGGGCAAGAAAGCGCCACGAAGAACAGCAGCAGCAGCAGCGGCCACUGGCGUCGCAAGGCACCGGCUGGAGAGCGCAAGGACAGCGACGUCGAGCACAAGAAGAAGAAACCGCGUCGUGGUGGACGGCGCAACAAUGGCAAGCAGAAUGCCAAGACCGGCGACACCUUCCGGCCGAACGAAGCUGAAGCUGGAGCGGAGUUGGAGAAGCACGAGCCUCUUGCAGAAGACGAAGCUCCUGUGGGGGAGACUUCACCCGCCACGAACUUGGACUAUCUGUCGGACGUGCUGUUCGCGUCGCUGGACAUUUCGGCGCCAACGAAGCGCGCGAUCGUGGAAGACCUCAAGUACGAGCGGCUGACGAACGUGCAGAACGAGACGUUUGGCCUCAUUCUGGACGGCAAAGACGUGCUGGCCAAGGCCAAGACGGGCAAUGGCAAGACGAUUGCUUUCCUGCUGCCGGUGAUUGAGAACAUGGUGAAGAACGGACGGCGGUCGAGUGUCGUUCCUGCACUUGCCGUGUCGCCCACGCGGGAGUUGGCACUGCAGAUCGCGAUGGAAGCCCAGCGUCUCACGAAGUUUCACGACUUUCAUGUCGCCUGCUUUGUGGGUGGAACGCCGGUCAAGAAGGACCAGCGCACGCUCCUGAGCAGCACACCGAUUGAUAUUUUGAUUGCGACACCUGGUCGUCUGGUCGAUCAUUUGAAGCAGAACACUGGCAAGCUUGCUGAUCGACUGGGUCAAACGAGUGUGCUGAUCCUGGACGAAGCUGAUCGGCUGCUGGACAUGGGCUUCCGCCCCGACGUCAUGCGGAUUAUUGAAUACUUGCCGAAGAAACGUCAGACGCUGCUGUUUAGUGCGACACUACCAGCUUCGACCGAGGAGUUGAAGCGGGUUGCUUUGCGUCCGGAUUACAUGUUUGUGGACACGAUCGAUGCGAACGAGGCAGACACGAACGUGCAGACGGAGCAGGAAUACAUUGUGUGCUCAAUGGAUGAUGUGAUUCCAAUGGUGGAGCGUGUCUUGGUGGAGCACAUGAAGCUGCCGGCGUACAAGGUGAUGUUGUUCUUCCCGACAGCUCGCUCGGCGCAGUUCAUGGCCCAACUCUUUCAGGCUGCCGGCUUUCCUGGUGUCCUUGAGAUGCACUCGCGAAAGAGCCAAGGAAUACGCACGAAGACGGCUGCAGAAUUCCGUAAAGGUCGCAAGGUGAUGAUGUUCUCAUCUGACGUGUCGGCUCGUGGUGUGGACUAUCCCGAUGUGUCGCUAGUGCUCCAAGUGGGCCUUACCGACCGCGACCAGUACAUCCACCGCCUCGGCCGUACGGCACGUGCUGGUAUGAAGGGCAAGGGUGUGCUCGUUUUGGCUGAAUUUGAGACGUCUUUGUUGCACAAGUUGUCCGACUUGCCUCUUACUAAAAGCACAGAUCAUACUGCCAAGAUGCUCCAGUCGUCGCAGUCGCGCACGCUGGAGAUUACGAAAGAACUGAGGAAAUACGACGCGUUGGAAAAGUCGGCGCAACAGUCGUACCAAGCGUGGCUGGGGUUCUACAACUCGCAUGCAAAGCGUCUGCGUUUGAAGUCGGUCGAGCUCGUGAAGCUUGCUGCCGAGUACAGCCGCAUCAUUGGCUUGGACGAGGUGCCCAAGCUUGACAAGAGAAUCCUGAAGAAGAUGAGCCUGCUUGGCGUGCCAGGCAUUGAGCCAUCUCCGUAUGUCCGCGAUGGUGACGGUAGCCGUGGUGGUUACGGUCGCAGAUAA